UGCGGUGCGGCACGAAAGCCCCGCAUCCGGAAACGUACUUUGACCCUACCAUUGUGGAGCUUCCGUUAUGUCGCAUAUUCGACCAUACCUACAAACGGCUGUUGUCACUCCUUGAUCCUUGGAAUUAUCUGACCGGGGAACGAGGAUACGAUCCAUUCAAUCCUGAUCCUACAUACACAUAUACAUACCCAAGAUGCGGACGGUCCACCCAUUCUCUCUCUCUCAAGAUUCCCUGCGUCCGGGUUCUUCUUCCCCAUCCACUAUGUCCAAGCAUACUAUAACGCCUAUUGAUAAGAAUUGGACUUUCAAACAAGCGGACAGCGAGGAUUCUGAGUUCCUACCUGUUGCUCAGUUCCCUACGAAUGUUCACCUAGAUCUUAUUGCCAACGGCCUCAUUCCCGAUCCUUUUAUUGGCAAGAAUGAGAAUGAUGUGCAAUGGGUCGGUGAAGUUCCCUGGCUCUACAAGACCACCUUCCCUUCGCCCUCACAUUUGGCAGGGGAGCAAAGUGGUGUGCGGGCGGUUUUGGCGUUCGACGGCCUAGAUACCUUCGCCACGGUUGUACUCAAUGGCAAGGAAAUCCUCAAGACGGUGAACAUGUUCAUCCCUGAACGAGUAGACGUCACAAGUCACCUGAAGAGCGAUGGGGACAACGAACUGGAGAUUACGUUCGAAAGUGCGUAUCUCAAGGGAUGUGCUAUUGUAGAGGCGCACCCGGAUCACAUCUGGGGAUGCUGGAACGGUGACAACUCCAGAUUGGCUGUUCGAAAGGCACAAUAUCAUUGGGGAUGGGACUGGGGACCGACUUUAUUGACCUGUGGACCAUGGCGACCCAUAAAUCUUGAGGUCUUCUCUUCAAGGCUUUCAGACCUCUACUUCACAAGCAACGUCGACAAAUCCCUGAAACAUGCCGUAUUGGUUGUCAAGGCAGACAUCGAAGGCUCGGCGUCUGAAGUUCAAUUCGAUCUCACGUUAGAUGGGCAACAGGUAGCCUCGCAAAUGAUCAACGCUGACAAUGGCCAUGCCACACACACCUUCGAAAUCCAGAAUCCGGCGCUAUGGUAUCCAAUACGUUAUGGCGAGCAACCAUUAUAUACCAUUACAGCUACACUUCUCCAAAACGGGAUAGCUGAGGUUCAUACCGUAAGCAAGAAGUUAGGGUUGAGGAGAGCGGAGCUUAUUCAACGGCCAAUGACGGGCCAGCCAGGAACGACGUUCUUCUUCCAGGUUAAUAAUAUCCCCAUUUUCUGCGGCGGCAGUGAUUGGAUUCCCGCGGAUAACUUCAUUCCCCGAAUCAGCAAGGAGAAAUACUAUGACUGGGUGAAAUUGGUAGCAGAUGGAAACCAGUUCAUGAUUCGAGUCUGGGGCGGUGGCAUCUACGAAGAGCAGGCGUUCUAUGAUGCAUGUGACGAACUUGGUAUUCUCGUAUGGCAAGAUUUCAUGUUUGGUUGUGGAAACUAUCCUGCAUUCCCUGAAAUCCUAGCAUCGAUUAAGACAGAAGCUGAGGAGAACGUGAAACGUCUUCGACACCAUCCGUCAAUUGUCAUCUGGGCAGGCAACAAUGAGGAUUAUCAAUACCAGGAGCAGGAAGGACUCACUUAUGAUUUCCAGAAUAAGGAUCCUGAGAGUUGGCUCAAGACAGAUUUCCCGGCACGAUAUAUCUAUGAGAAGAUCCUCGCUGAUACAUGCAAGGAGUUGGUUCCAGAUACUUAUUAUCAUUUCGGGAGUCCCUGGGGCGGCAAAGACACCACGGAUCCAACAGUCGGUGAUAUUCAUCAAUGGAACGUAUGGCAUGGAUCCCAAGAGAAGUACCAGAACUUCGACAAGCUGGUUGGACGUUUCAUCUCCGAAUUUGGGAUGGAAGCCUUCCCCCAUAUCAAAACCAUUGACGCCUUCCUCCCACUGGGGAAGGACGACCCCGAUCGCUUUUCGCAGUCAUCAACCGUCGACUUCCACAACAAGGCCGACGGCCACGAACGCCGCGUCGCACUGUACCUGGUUGAGAACUUCCGCUACGCGUCAGAUCCACUCGAGCAGUUCAUCUACGCCACCCAGCUCAUGCAAGCGGAGUGUCUCGCCUCCGCGUACCGUCUCUGGAAACGGCAAUGGAAGGGACCCGGAAAGGAGUACUGCGGCGGCGCCCUCGUCUGGCAGAUCAACGACUGCUGGCCCGUCACCUCCUGGUCCAUCGUCGACUACUACCUGCGGCCCAAACAUGCCUACUACACCGUGAAGCGCGAGAUGGCUCUCCUCUCCCUCGGCAUCACACGGAAAGAGCACGUCGUCCCCCAAGACAAGCAUACCCGCGCCCACAUGACCCGGACGACCCAGAUCGAAAUUUGGGGCUCGAACCUCACGCUCCAGGAUCUCCGAGCUGACAUCGUCGUCAAAGCCUUCGACGUCAUCACCGGCAGAGAGACCUUCUCCAAGACUAUCCGCUCCUCUUUCCUCCUCCCCGAGAACCGCAGCACCGAGAUCAUCGCCAUGGACGUCCCCGUCGUCCAGAAAGACGCGGGGGAGGAAAGCCGCACCGUUGUCGCAGCAUACCUCUUCCAGGACGGGCGGCAGAUGGCGCGCUAUAUCAACUGGCCGGAACCGCUGAAAUACGUGCAUCUCCAGAAACCGAAGCACCUCCGCGCGGAGAUGACGAGGGAUGGCACGACGGUAGAGUUAAGUAGCGAACUCCCGGUCAAGGGCGUGGCGCUGGAGUGCGAGGAUGAGGAGGUCGCGUUUAUGGAUAACCUGGUAGAUGUCGUGCCUGGCGAGGUGGUGAGUAUCGAGGUCAGAGGAGCGAACAAGGAGACGAGGAUCGGGCUUAGGUAUUUGGGGAUGGUAUAGGAGCGUGUACCUACCUUAGGUAGGUAAGGUAGAUACUGAUUUUCACCAAGAAACAUAAACCAACCCC